AAGUCGGCCUCUGACAAACAACAGACGAGAAACGCGCCGUUUUCCCUUUGCGUAAAACAGUUCCAGACAUGGAGAGGUCAGUCAGGUUUGCCGUGGUUUGCGUCGGAGUGUCUCUGCUCAUCUCCUGCCAUCCAGCCGAAGCCUGGUACAAGCAGUCCACCGGGCCCAGCUACUACUCGGUGGGGCGCGCCUCCGGUCUGCUGUCCGGUAUCAGGAGGUCGCCUUACGUCCGCAGGUCCGAGUCCGAGGAUACGCUGGUGGACAGCGGGGAGACGGUGGGAAACAACGUGACCCCAGAGACCAACAGGCAGAUCUCCAUCCUCAAAAGCAUGGCCAUCUGCGUCAAAGACAUCUCUCCAAACCUGAAGAGCUGCGAGCUGCUGCCGGACGGGACGGGCACCUUCCAGUGUAAGGCGGACGUCUUCCUCACCCUGGACUCCCUGGACUGCCUGUCCGCGUGAGUCCCACGCGGAACAGGACCACGCACCGAUCCCCGGGAGCGCCUCUCUUGUAACGAAAGAUGAAGGAAAGCAAAGAGGGGCUGGAGGAGUGUGUGAGGUGGGGAUAGCGCAGAGGAAAACCUGAUCACUGUCAACGAUGGACCGCCGCGGACUCUGAAUGUUCUCUUGUUUGAAAAUACCUUUUGCUUUGUGUAGAAAAAGAGAUGUUAGUUGAUCUUCUUUCCAGGUGACUUCCCAUCUUUACUGUUUAAACCCCUGACAUGUACCCUCCCUUGCCAAAAUGUAUUAAAUGUCCAGAACGUUAACUGCAGAGCAGAUUUCCUGGAAAGU